UGCUAUCUUGCCAGAAUGAGAUUGUCACUCUCCGUUUCAGUUGCCUCGAACCCUGCUCAUCAGCGUUCGGAUGUCAGAUUUCUGUCGCAACCAGCUAACUCUCUCCGGCCAAGGGUGAGCAAAAAUACAGUAAAUUGUAAGGCGUCAUCUUGGCGUUCGCAAAGGCAGGCAGAGGUCAGAUGCAGGUUUCAGCAGAAUGGUCACUCAGUCCUGGCAGACACAUCAGGGGAUACCAAAGUCCACUUGGACGACGACAAAUUCUCUUGGGAGCGCAACUGGUACCCAGUGGCGAUCUUGGCGGACGUCGAUGGGUCCAAGCCAAUCCCAGUGACGCUCUUGGGGAAGAAACUUGUCCUGUGGCAAGGGUCUGAUGGGGAGUGGAAUUGCGUAGUUGAUCGAUGCGCUCACCGAUAUGCGCCACUCUCAGAGGGCCGCGUCAAGGAUGGCGACAUCCAAUGUGCAUACCACGGCUGGCAGUACAAUGGCCAGGGCCAGUGCACCCGGAUUCCCCAGGCAGAGGAUGCGUCAGCAUGUUGCAGCUCGUCUGCCUGUGUGGAGGCGUUCCCGGUUCAGCUGCGCGCAGGCGCCGUGUGGGUUUGGCCUGACAGCUCACCAAGUGCCGCGCGUGACUCAUCGCUCGUGCUGCCCUCGGUGGACACUGUUCUAGAGGAGUCAUUGGAGUACGUUGACUGGUACAUCAGGGACUUUUACUACGGCUAUGCUGGGCUGAUGGAGAUGCUACUGGAUCCCUCCGCCUGCUCCUUCACCCUUCAUGGCAUCGGCCUCUUCAACAGGCACGUCCCUAUCCCCAUGGAUCAGGGCAAGCCCAUGCCGAGCACCCUGACAGAGUGCAAGACCGAGGGCCGCUCUGCGGUCAUCUCUAUGGAGUGCGCUCGCGCAUUCAGACCCGCAGGACACCCCUACGACGCAACCGUCACCUUCAACUCACCCUGCCACAUCACGCAUGAUUUUGUGGGCGCGAACGGCCACGUGAUCCACGGCAUGUACAUUCUGCCGGUCUCGCCCGGCCGCUCGCGCCUGUUCUACUGGCACAAGGCCGGCUCGCCGGGGGGCGCCGCCCUAGACAGGCUCAAGGCCUUGAAAGCCCCUUUUGGCGCCGGCAAGGCCCAGCUGCAGCACCUGGUGGCAGCCGCUGAGAAGUUCUUCGUGGCCAAGGAGCGCAGCAAGCGGCACAUGUACCUUCACCCCAUCUUCGAGGCUGUCGGAGGCCUGCUGCACGGCCAGGAGCACAAUGUGAGCGCUGCAGGGUCCCAGGCAGGAUUCCACCUGCCGUCCUCAGCAGAUGUGCUGGUCAAAAAGUUCUACGGUUGGCUGCUGGGCUCGGCAGGUGGGGGGCCCUCCUGGCCACCGGGGACCCCCCCGCUGCCACCGCCCACCACGGACAGGGAGGCCCUGCUCGGCCGCAGGCAGCAGCAUGUCGCCAACUGCCCCUCCUGCCAGACCAUGCUGGCUGUCAAUGGCUACAUGCGCGUGGCUGCUACAAUCUGGAAUGUGCUGCUAGUCUUUGGAACGGCGCUCUUUGUGCUCAAUGGCGGCGGCCCGUGGUAUGAGGCCGUAGGGGUUGUGGCACUUUGGUAUUGGUCCACAAAAUGGUUCACCAAAACAGUUGAAUGGCCAAAGCAGCUUGGCUUUGUGGACUAUGUGCAUGCAGACCGCAAUUAAGGGGCAGACUCAGCAUUAUCGUCAUGCAGAGGGACCAUUGUUGUGGAUGGAUUGGCACUUGUAUUAUUAAGCAGUGUCUGAGGGGCACUCGGCAUUUGGUCAGAUCCUGUACAAUAUUGUACGCAUGUUCAUUUGAAAUAGCAGCCCUGCAUAUAUACUGCUAUGUUCGUACUGAUGAGAAUGAUGAGAAUGAAGGCCUUCUGAAGGCCUGUAUUGCAGAUUUGAGAGGGAUAUUGUAGCAUUGUAGAUUGUAUGUACCAUACGGAUGAUACAUUGCCCUUAGAGCAGGUGUCACACUGUGCAAGUCAACUGAUUGGAUUUAGGUCAGGUUCAAUACGUCAGAGGGAUUGUCCUUCAUGUUCGGUGGCCUUCUUGGCAUCGCCUUAAUUGAUGGUUUUUUAGCAAGAGAUGUGUGGAGAGCUUACAUGUUGAAGAUAUGUACACCCAUCAGAUGAUGAAACUGCAAGUGCAUGCGAACAUUGCUGUGUAAAAUUCACAGGACUGGCAGUCUGCUGGCAU